GCAAUCCUCACCACAAAGAUGUAUCUUCGCACUCUAGUCCAACUGUUACUCGUCGCCUCUGCCGCAGCUUCUGAUCCAGCAGUAACGAUCUACGAAAGAUCGGGCUACAAAGGCGAAAACUUCUCUAUUCCAGUCAACGCAGAAUGCACAGCCAUCCCACACCUGGGCCAGAGUGACCGGUUUGGGGCGAUCAAAGUGACGAAUGCGUCUUGUGACUAUUACUAUAAGGACAACUGUUACGACUACGGGGGAUUUUUCAAUCCCCCCGGUAAAAGGAUCAUCACGGAUAUCACUGGAGAUUCCAAGUCAAUCAAAUGCUAUCGGAUGUACUCGUAAGCAGAGACUUCCUUAUGAGGUCAUGAGGACUGGAUUUAGCUAGCCAAACCCAAUUGGGAUGAUGAAAUAGUCUAGGUGGAAUGAUGUGGUACUUUGGCUUGACUAUGGAUACUGUAGACAUUCCAAGGCUGAGAAGAAUGAAGAUCAACACAUUGUAACCAUCCACUGUCUAUCCAUAGCAAUCAAGCACUUUCACCAACUUCAUCACAGAAAAACGUAGGAGCAAAUCCAACAAGAAGUUCAGGAAGACAGAACCCAUCCCAGCCCACCAUGUACCCAUUACCCAAGUCCAUAUCAUGGGCCUCGCCACCAUCUCCACCAACGGAAAAGUUCUGGCCCUUGGACGUGGUCACCUUGAUCGAAUCCACCAUCGUCCCACCCGAGACUACAAAGCCGGUGAUGGUCUCAUUUGGGGCGAGGUUGAGGUACGCCUGGGGCUUAACCUUUGGUCCGC